CGAUUAUCGAUUAAAUAUUUUCGAUAUUUUACUAAUGCUUAUUUCAAGUAAUAAGUGAAGUCAACUGAUAUCGUGUGUAUUGCGAAACAUAAAUUAUUUUAAAACAUUUCUAAUGACUAUUCAAACUUUUGAAAAUAACAAGAUGGAAGAUGAAUCUAAUCAGUCAGGAACAACUCAAGCUGAUUUCAUUAAUGAAGAAUUAAACUUUGAUGUAGAUCCAAAUGAACCAAUGACAAAAGCAACUUUAAAUGAACAUCCACCUGAAGAGUGGAUAGAUAUUUUAGGAAAUGGACAGCUUAAAAAAAAAGUUAUAAAAAAUGGAAAAAAUGGAACACGACCAAAUAGAUCUGAUAUGUGUACUUUAAAAAUUAUUGGCAAAUUAAAAGAUAAUACAAUAGUUGAAAAGUAUGAAGAUCUUAAAAUUCAAUUAGGAGAUGUUGAAUUGAUUCAGGGAUUAGAUUUAGCAAUUGCAUUAAUGGAUGUGAAUGAAAUUGCUGAAAUUGAAGUUGAUCCAAGAUUUGCUUAUGGUUCUCUAGGAAAAGAACCAAAUAUUCCAUCUAAUGCAACUAUUUUAUAUACAGUUGAAUUAAAAUCAAGUGAAUUAGAAGCAGAAAUAGAAACUCUUAAUGCUAAUCAGCGAAAAGAAAUUGGCAAUAAAAAACGAGAACGUGGGAAUUGGUGGUUUACUCGUAAUGAACCAACACUUGCAAUUCAAUGUUACCGGAGAGCAUUAGAAUUUUUGUUACCAACAGAAAGUCGUACACCCUAUCAAAGUGAAGCAGAAGAUACUACUGAUGCAGAAUUGCAAGCUUUGUUAGAGGAUCGUAUGAAAGUAUAUAAUAAUUUAGCAGCUGCACAAAUGAAAACACAAGCUUAUGAUGCAGCAUUGAAAAGUGUAGAAAGUGUUCUGAGUUGUCAACCUCAAAAUGUAAAGGCUCUAUUUAGAAAAGGAAAAAUUUUGCAUUAUAAAGGAGAACAUGCAUUAGCAUAUCAAACAUUGCUUCAAGCAGCAAAAUUGGAGCCAGAAACAAAAGCUAUUCAGAUGGAAUUAGCUAUUUUAAAAGAAAAAAAUGCUAAGGAUGCUCAGCAUGAAAAGAAUUUAUAUCGUAAAAUGUUAGGUGCACAUAAAAAUAACAAUACAUCUUUAAAAAAUUUAAAGAAAGGAAAUAAGAAUAAAAAUUCAUCAAAAUUUACAUGGAGCUUAAUUGGUGGAGCAACUGCAGCAGUUUUAAGUGUCCUUUUAUACAGAUUUAUUUCGUGAGAAAAAUUUAAAAUGAAAUUAAAGUGAAAGACAAGCUAAAUAUUGUGAAAUAUAUUAAUACAUUAUUUAAGUAUCGUUGAUUUAAAAUGACUAUAAAGAAUAUGGGUAUAAAAACAAGUAAGUUGUACAAAUUUGAUAAUUUUAAUAACAUAUAAACAAAUCAAAAAAAGUCAUAGUGUUAAUAAAAUUUUACCUAAACUUUA